UUUUUUUUAAUUAAAUAAAAAUUUCCCAACAUCUUUAACAAAAAGUGUUGCAGAAAUGGAAAACAACCCGCAGCAAAGCGCCGCCGCCGCCGCCGCCGCGGCGGGGGCGUACCCAGGCCAGACGGCGGCGUACCCAGGCCAGCCGCCGUACCAGCACCUCCUACAGCAGCAGCAGCAGCAGCUGCACAUGUUCUGGACGUACCAGCGGCAGGAAAUCGAGCAGGUGAACGAUUUUAAGAACCACCAGCUCCCCUUGGCCCGGAUUAAGAAGAUCAUGAAGGCCGAUGAAGACGUCCGCAUGAUCUCCGCGGAGGCGCCGAUUUUAUUCGCCAAGGCGUGCGAGCUCUUCAUCCUCGAGCUCACCAUCCGAUCCUGGCUCCACGCCGAGGAGAACAAGCGCCGCACCCUCCAGAAGAACGACAUCGCCGCCGCCAUUACCCGCACCGAUAUCUUCGAUUUCCUUGUUGACAUUGUCCCCAGGGACGAGAUCAAAGAGGAGGCGGCGGUCGCCGCCGCCGCUCUGGGUGGGAUUGUGUCCGGUCCUCCGCCGGGUGCGGGUGGUGGUGUCACGGGGGUUCCGUACUAUUACCCACCCAUAGGUCAGCCUAUGAUGGGCCGCCCCGGCGUGGAUCCGAGUGUUUACAUGCAGGCGGCGGCGGCGGCGCCGUCUCAGGCGUGGCAGUCUGUGUGGCAGACGGCGCCGGACGAUGGGUCCUACGCUAGCGGCGGCGCGACCAGCAGCGGGCAGGGCAACCUCGACGGACAAGGCUAAGAGGCGGGACCGUGUGCUGAGUCGAGAAUAGAGAGUGGCGCCAAAUGGACAAUGCCACUACUAAAUUGGCAUUUAACCGAUAAGGCGACAAUGAUUUUUCGUGCUUUUGUAUAAAAAGUUGAAAUUCGUGUAGGGUACUCUCCCUUUUAUUCAUUAGCAACCAUGUGCAGGUCAUGUUUUCAUAUGCAGCGAUACACUGAAUUACGAUUUUCUUAUUUUAAAAAAAAAGUCGUAUUUUUCGCUGAUUAC